ACGGCCCCCAAUAGUGACGGCAGCCUACGGGAGCACCAUAGAAGCACACUCCACCACCAGAGACUUUUAUUAGAUUCAAACAAGAAGAGCGAAGAGAUCACCAAUAGAUCGAUAUAGAAACUCGAUCUAUCAAUCAAUCAAUCAAUCAACCAUGGCGGAGGAUUUGGUAUUGGAUACAGCGAUCAGAGACUGGGUACUCAUACCGUUGUCAAUCGUCAUGGUUCUAAUCGGAAUCCUCCGUUACUUCGUAUCCAAGCUCAUGCGUACUUCUCAAUUGCCGGAUGCCAAGAUUAUCAAAGAAGGGCAGGUUAUAAUUAGGGCUAGAAAUCUACGGGCGGCCGCUAAUUUCAUACCCCCAAAGGCGUUUCGCGCUCGGAAAGUUUAUUACACUAAUGAGGAAAAUGGUUUACUUCAUGUUCCCAAAGGCCAGGGUCAGAAUCCUCAGGCACAAAUGUUAUCUGAUCCAAACAUGGCUAUGGAUAUGAUGAAGAAAAAUCUUUCAAUGAUUAUACCACAGACCCUUACCUUUGCUUGGGUUAACUUCUUCUUCUCCGGAUUUGUAGCAGCAAAGAUUCCGUUUCCUUUGACACAAAGGUUUAGGUCAAUGUUACAGAAUGGAAUUGACUUGAGCACAGUUGAUGUUAGCUAUGUUAGCAGUCGUUCAUGGUACUUCCUUAAUCUGUUUGGAUUAAGAGGCUUGUUUAGUCUCAUUCUUGGAGAGGAAAAUGCCACUGAUGAUACACAACGAAUGAUGCAAAUGAGUGGAUUUGGCUUUGAUCCCUCCAAGAGUUUGGGUGCUGAGAAAGAUGGAUUAGACAUUGUUCAACAUGACUGGGUCCUACCAAAAUUCGAACAACGAGCUGAAGCUGUGUUGAGAAAACUUGUGAGCUAAAUAAUCAUACGAGUCUUUAGAUUAUUACGUUUACUUUUGUUUGUCAUGACUUUCUUGUAGUAAACUAAUCUUAAUAGUUGUAAUUGUAUUUGAGCAUUUGGUAAUUUAUUGGACCUUGUGUGUGA